UGUGUAUCUAAAUUAAUUUAUAAGUCUCUUGAUAUUAAUAUCUUAAUUAAAGCCCACCAGCUUGUCUGAGAUGGAGGAUGAAGCUGUGAAAUUCUACCAGAAGCUCCUCGGCACUGAAGAUGCUAAUUGCAGUAAGGUAGAUGUAAAUUGCUUGCAAGACUUGCUGCAAUUUCAACUGCCAGCAGAAAUGCGUAGCUUUUUGAUCCAGCCAGUCACUGAAGCAGAAAUAAAAGCUGUUGUCUUUAGCAGUCCUAGCAAUAAAUCACUAGGACCAGAUGGAUACACUUCAGAAUUUUAUAAGACCUCCUGGCCUGUGAUAGGUUGCUCUAGAAGGAAAACUAGUCUACCAUCCAAAUUGUGCAAAGGUAAUAUGGUCAUCUUUGCUGAUGGAAGCAACCGUUCCUUGGCUUCUGUGGACACUGUUCUCAAAGAGUUCUAUAGUAUAUCUUGCUUGAAGGUUAACUAUGCUAAGUUAGAAAUUUUUUGUUGUGGAAUCCCUGAAAGGGAGGUUCAAGAUCUUACUGGAACUUAUGGUUUUAAAGCUGGUACACUGCCUGUCAGGUACGUAGGUGUCCCUUUGAUUACUGGCAAAUUAACUAACAAAGACUUAAAGUCACUAAUCUCCAAGAUUACAGAGAGGAUGAAUUCCUGGGCUUCUAAGCACCUCUCUUUUGUAGGAAGAUUGCAACUAAUUACAUCAAUCAUUCAGGGGAUAACCAAUUUCUGGUGCUUUACUUUUUUCUUGCCUAAGAAGGUAAUUAAGGAAGUGGAAAAAUUAUGCAAUGCUUUCUUAUGGAAGAAUUCCACUAAUGCUGCCAAAGGUGCGAAAGUAAGCUGGGAUUCUAUUUGUUUUCCUAAACAAAAAGGUAGUUUAGGGAUCAAAGGCCUUGCCCAGUGGAAUGUGGCAUGUAUGAUGAGAUUUAUUUGGAUGAUCUUUUCCAAAGCUGGCUCUAUAUGGGUUGUUUGGGUUAACAUGUACUUAUUAAAAGGGAAGAGCUUCUGGACUGUGAAUAUUCUUGCAAAUGCCUCUUGGGGAUGGAGGAAGCUUCUCAAACUCAGAACUCAAGCUAGAAGAUUGAUACGGCAUAAAAUUGGAGAUGGUAAGGACACCUACCUUUGGCAUGACAAUUGGCAACCCUUUGGCCCCUUAAUAGAAGAAUAUGGCACUAAAAUUGUACAGAAUUUAGGCAUCUCUCUAAAUGCUAAGGUAUCUGAUGUGGUGAAUGGGAAUUUCUAGAAUUGGCCCCUUGCACGCUGUCCACAGCUUGUGCAAAUUCAAAUGGCUUUUUUUUUACAAGUUAUGUCCAAGAGAAUGAGAGAAGGAUACUGUGAUUUGGGCUCCCUCUUCUUCAGGCACUUUUUGAAUUGGAAGUACUUGGAAUUGGUUAAGGAAGAAGCAGAUUAAAGCACCUUGGCACAG